AUGGAAAACCAGAGUUUCCGUCCCAACGUGCUGCUCCUGGAGGGGUUAAAGGUCAGCCCUGCCUCCUCUGUUCCUGCCUUYGUCCUGCUCCUCCUCAUCUACGUCUUCAUCAUGGUGUCUAACGUGGGCCUGGUGCUGCUGAUCUCCACGGAGCGGAGCCUCCACCAGCCCAUGUACCUGCUCUUCUGCAACAUGAGCAUCAACGACGCGUUCGGAGCCACGAUCAUCAUCCCUCAUGUUCUCCGAGAUAUUUUCAUGUCAAACUCCGAGCGCUAUAUUCACUAUGUGGACUGCGUGGUUCAGGCGUUCUGCGUCCACCUGUACGGUAGCACCUCCCACACCGUGCUCAUGGUCAUGGCCUUCGACCGCUACGUGGCCAUCUGCAACCCCCUGCGUUACGUCACCAUCAUGACCACCAAUAUGGUGGUGAAGCUGUCGGUAGCAGCGUGGGGGACAGCGUUGGUAUUGGUGGCCAUCCUCCUGGGCCUCACCGUCCGCCUGUCGCGCUGCCGGCAGGUUAUAUCCAACCUGUUCUGUGACAACGCCUCCCUGUUCAAACUGUCGUGUGAGAGCGUCUUCAUCAACCAGGUGUACGGCCUCGGCUACACUGUGGUCCUGCUGGGCUCGUCCAUCUGCAGCGUCACGCUCACCUACCUGAAGAUCGCCGCCGUGUGCGUGCACAGCAAAAACAAGGUGCUGAACAACAGAGCGCUGCAGACCUGCACCUCCCACCUGACCGUGUACGUCCUCCUGCUGGUGUCGGCCUUCAUCAUCGUCAUCCUGCACCGUUUCCCCCAGCUGUCCGACCACAGGAAGGUGGCGGCCAUAGUGGGCGAAGUGGCUCUGCCCGCCCUGAACGCCAUUAUCUACGGGCUGCAGAUGAAAGAGGUCAGACAGCGAAUCACUAAAGUGUUUCACAGUAAACAAACACAUUUCAAAUGAUUCACUGUCCAAUCA